GCAGAUGCAAACAUAGCAGCAAAGAUGAAGGACAUCUUUCCGAAAUUCUUGCUUAAACAAUUCAGCACCUUCAUCGCGAUUAUCGUGAUUUUUGUUUACAAUGUCGUGCUCAAUAAGGACUUGAAGUGCUCGUGCCAACAACAAACUCGUAAUUGUAAUUUAUACAUGGCUCUGCCAUUUUGUAUUUUAUUUGUUUUACAACUCUGGACGGACAAGACAUUUCAGAGAACCUUGAAAUACGGAUGCACAUUUUGCUGGGUUUUACUGUGUCACAUUCUGAAGGCAGUUUUCGUUGGUCUGCUGUGGGUUGUAUCUGUGUUUGUCGAUGGAGACUGGUUUGUUUGCUGUUGGAAUGAUCAUUCUGACAAACAGGCACAGUUAGCCUGCAAAGAAGAGAAAGACAUCACACCUGAGGAAAAAACAAUCAUCGCUGACCUGAAAGACACGUCCUUGGUUAUCGGGCUCUGUGUACUCCUCGGUGCCCUUGUGAUUGCUUUCAUCAUUUCAUCAGUUAAAAGGAUGAAAUGCUGUAAGGAUUCAUGUUGUUGCAACAGAAAAAAUCUAUAUUACAAAGUGAUUUUGGAAGAAGAGAAAGAUGCAGUGAAAGAGACUUUUAGGAAAUCAGCACAAAAACAGUUGAAAAACAAAAUCAAGAGCAAAAUACAAGAUGAACAUUGGGAACAGUGUUUUGAUGUGGCUGGAGAACUGAUUAAAGAAAACCAAUCACCUGAAUAUAUCGAAGAACAAGAGGAGCAGCAACCGGAGCAGAAACCAGGGCAGCAACCGGAGCAGCGACCGGAGCAGCAACCGGAGCAGCAACCGGAGCCCCAACCGGAGCCGCACCACAGUGGGGAAGAACCUUCAGGCACAGAAGACAUACAGUCUGGAACGCCUCUUCAACCACUGAGUGCAGAGGUAAUCCAUCCAUUCAUUCAUUUAUCCAAACAGAACCUUUACUUUUAUUGUAAUGCAUAAAAGAGCGUGAAAGAGGGGGGUGGCUGUGGCUCAGAGGCAGAGCGGGUCGUCCACUGAUUGGAAGGUUGUUGGUUUGGUCCCCGGCUCCUCCCGCUGCAUGUCAAAGUAUCCUUGAGCAAGAUACUGAACCCUAAAUUGCUCCCAAUGCUGUGUCAUCGGUGUGUGAAUGUGAAUGAAUGAGUUUCUGUUCAAUGAACUUUGCCAUCACUGUGUGUGUGUGUGUGUGUGUGUGUGUGUGUGUGUGUGUGAAAGGGUGAAUGUGGCAUGUAGUGUUAAAAGCGCUUUGAGUGGUCGGAAGACUAGAAAUUAGCUAUACAAAUCCAUUUACCAUAAAAUUCACUCUUACUACCUUAAUGUAUCUUAACACUAUAACAAUAGACUCACAUGUAAUCUUUCCCAAGGCUGUUGUUGGCUGAAAAAGUCAUAUGACUGAAGUUGUGUUUUCAGAGUGUGUGCCUUCUGAAGGAGGAGGAGCCAACAUCAACAUACUCUCAGUGAUAACUUUUAAUCACUGAAUUGUAUGUUUCACAUUGCAUUUACUGUUUGUUUUAUUACUAUACUUAAUAAACUUCCACUAAACCAUGAAGAGAAAACUUUGAUGACUGUCUGAUCUGUCUGACAACAUUAUCAUGCUUUUUGCCAACUAAAGCCUUUUGCACUUUCAGUAAUGUUUAAUGUUUAAGCAAGGUCACUGCUGCAUCAGGUGUAGUGUUUAUCUGGAGGUGCUGACUUUGACUGGAGAUUACAAGGAUACCUAAAACUAAAAAAUUAUGUUUGAUCUCUGAACUCUGACACUGAGUUCACUGCAGCAACUGUAGGUUUUAUACCAGAGAUUUAUAAAUUAUUUAAUUCCCAAAUAACUACAUUCAUAAUAUUCAUACAAACACAGAGUGUUAUUACUCCCAGUAAACACUUUGUUCAUGGAAAGGUAUUAAUGAAAGUCUUUGUGGUGCUUGGCCAGAAAGCUCAACUAAUGACACCACUUUUUGGAAAUAUUUAUUAGGUUAUUAAAAAUAUAAUUUUCUAAUUCUGACAGUCUCUAGGCCAGCAGAGACAGACAAACUCUUAUAUACAUUAUAUUGCCAAAAGGAUGUAAACACCUCUGUUCUCAUAAUAAAUUGUGCCUGCGGGUCAAAGUUCAUCAGGCGAGCCGUAAAGAAGGAUCUACUACAACUACAAUGGAUACAUUUUAUACAUGUUGUCAUGCUGUUGCCAAAUUUCAUAUUGAGCUUUAAUGUGUAAUUUUAAUGUUAAUCAUGGAUUCUGUAUUCAUUGUGAUUAAUAUUUUCUGUGUUAGACUCUUUCUAUCAGCAACCAGUACUCUGCACAACUUAAUCAAGUGUUAUGAAAACAUUUUCUUUCUUUCAUCAAAUUAUAAUGUAAAUGUAAAUCAAAAGAUAACGAAGAUUAAAGUUCUGUACAGGAGGUUCAAA